GAAGCCCAUAUAUAAGACAAGGGCAGUGCCAUCUCCGGACAUUACAUUUAAAGUUCGUCAGUUCGGAACACGGAACAAAAACACCGAAAGGGCAGAAUGGAUUGGCUGCGGCUGUUAAUUCUUCUGCUGGGAUCUGCACUUACAGUUACUGCGCAGGUCCCAAGUUUUUGGGGUUGCCCAGAGAAGAACAUUCCUAUGCCAGACUUCGACUUGUCAAAAUUCUUGGGAGUGUGGUAUGAGGUGCUGCGAGUGCCCACUCUGAUGGAGGCUGGUGCUUCAUGUGUCAAGAACAGCUACACUCAGACAAGUGAUGGAAAGAUACAUGUUGAGAAUGAGCUGAAGCCACUAGGUCAACCUAAACGAGUGGUACCAGGAGAACUGAAAGUCAGUGGGAAAGCUGGCGAAGGAAAGAUCACCAUCAAAUACAAAGUUCCAAUUCUACCUUCCUGGGAGACAACCUACCACAUUCUGAACACAGACUAUGAAUCAUAUGCAGUUCUCUGGAAUUGUGCAAGCUAUGGAAUAAUGAAUAUUCAAUCUGCGUGGUUGCUGGCUCGUGACAGAAAGCCCCCUGGCACAACUUUGCAGAGGGCAUAUGGGGUACUUGAUGCUUAUGGCCUCCCUCGGAACUACCUUGUGGAAACCAAUCAUGAUGACUGUGAUAUAGUCUCAGAGGCUCCUGAAGUUGUCCCAUCAAACCCAGUACCUGCUAACGCAACUAGACAAUCCUCAGUCUUAGCUAUCACAACUCCUGCCAAAGAAAUACCCUCUGAGGUCAGUGAUAAUACAUCUACAAAACCAACAAAUGAGAAACUUGCAGAAGACAAAGCUCCACUGGAAAGUGCUGAGAGCCCAUCAACAAUGGAAGAUGUGCCAAAGGCCCCAUCUGAGACAAGUCAAGACAACAAUGCGGCAUCUGAAACGAAUGUUACUCCUGAGAAAAUUAAAAUACCUUCUGAUACAAUGGCAGACAUAAAGAAUGGCAAAGUGUAGUGUUGUGUAUGAUGGUAAAUACUAUUACAUUGUAGAUUUUACUCCUACUUUGAACUUCAUAUGCACAAUGUCAAGUUAAUUAUAUUUAAAUACAUUUCACAGAACAGCUGAAAUGCAAAUUUUAUUAAACAUGACAGCAAAACAGCUUUUCAUUUGUUACAAAUCUAAACAUGAUGAAGUAUUAAUAUAAUUCAGAAUCUACUGAUAAAAGUAUGCAAUUGGAAAGUAAAUGUUAAUCAUGUUUCUAAUAAUUGCCUGUAUGUUAGCAAUUAGAAGUGUUUUUAGUGUAAAUGUUAUGUUUCUGUUGCAUCUGAAUAUGUAUUUUGUUUCACCAGUGCAUUCAUAUCUGUUUACAAGAAUGUUUAAUAUUUUUCAGUAUUUAGCACACAAAAUACACAAGUUAUAUUUCUUAAGAUAUUAAAUAUAUAUCCCCCCUCAACUCCAUUAUACCAGAAUGAAGACAUAAAGAAUUUUGUAACUCUGUAUUCUAGUAUUUGAAACUAUGACUGACUGAUGGUUCAAGCUUCCUCUAUCUGAUAAACUUAUCAGUCCUUUAACCCCUAAAAGAGACAAAUAUUAUGUGAUACCACAAAUGCUAAACAUAUGAUCCAAGUAUGCAAAACACUUUAUGUACAAAUUGCACUGACUCAGUUGUUGAGGUGCUUACAUGAAGUGCAUUUAUAUUUACUGCACAAUUGUCUUAAUGUCUUAUCCAUACUAUGAGAUACAUUUUUAAACCAUAAAUUGUUUUAAUAUUAUCAGGAUA